AUGGAUCCUGCAAGAGCAGAAGUUCCAACAUGUCCAUUCUGCACCUUUUCUGACCCUGCUAGCAAUUCUAUUGUGGAACACAUUGAGCUAUAUCAUCCUGAAAUUGACAAACGGUUUGGUGUCAGCGGUAAAAAGGCCAUAAAAUUGAACAACUUGAAGGUAUCAUCUGAUUGCAGACAACAUUUAUCCGCCAGCGAGGAGAACGGGCAUCUAGGAAAGUACACCGAUUGUCCACGUGGCUGUGGGGAGGUGGUAAUGGACACCGAGCUUUCCACCCAUCUCGAUCUACACUUAACAGAAGAAACUACCUAUGAGAGCACAUCUUCUCAGCCAGAGUUGACUGCUCGAAAGCUAAGCAGACCUGACGAUUACGAGGACCUGGACAAUACCCAGGAUUUACAUGGACCGUUUGUGAAGAGUCAGCUAGAGAAAGAGAGGCCCACUCAGGAAGCAGUGAGAGAAAAGAGACCUCGUAGUUCUUCAAAUAUAGCGCUUACUGUGAAAAAGCUUGGACGCGCCGAAUUAGGACCAUAUGCUCACGAGAAGCAGAUGCCUUCGUGGCUUCGAAAGUUAUUAGAAAAAGGAGUCAGAACAACAGAGUCGAAUACAAUCGCUCCAGAUGGAACGCUGCGGAGACAUCGUUCAAUAGAGAACGAGACGACUGAUGUUGUUCCGGUGCUUGUUAGGCUUUGUGAGCAGGACAGAUCAGUACAGCGUGCUUUUUUCUGUAGCCCCAAAGUUCAUCAAAUCUCCAAGACGCCAAAAGAGGGGGGUUUUUGCGGUUACAGAAAUAUUCAAAUGCUAAUUUCCUAUAUCAAAGAAUGCCGCCUUCCGGGACAUGAAAGUUUCUCGGAAGUAGUACCAACGAUCCUGCAGAUACAGGAGAUGAUCGAGAAAGCGUGGGAUAUGGGUUUCAACAGCAUCGGACGGAUUGAGACCGGCGGAAUCCGCGGCACUAGAAAAUAUAUUGGCACACCCGAAGUAAGGCAGGAACACUUGACCAGUAGUAUCGGAGGAAUUAAAGAUAUGCAAGCUCAUGACGUUUUAUUCAUGCGCAUUGCGAACUACUUCCGACAGGCGUGCUCCUUGGGCACCGAUGACAAAGUUUUCUUGACAAACUUACCCCCUAUUUACUUCCAACAUCAAGGGCACUCAUUGACCAUUAUUGGAUUCGAGAUACGUGACAAUGGCAGUGCGAAUCUCUUGGUCUUGGACCCAAUGUUCAAACCAUCGUCCACUGUGAAGCGGCUCAGAGGCACGCGCGCAGUAUCUGCUGAUCCCGCUCGGAUCCUAAAAGGCUACCGACGAGGAGCAGCUUAUUUACAGAAAUAUAAAGUCUUUGAAAUCCUCAAAGCCACCAUGCGAGCAUCCCCGAAUGUGAUCAUCACAGGAACCCCUGGUGUUGGGAAAACUGUCCACUGCGAACAACUAGCGCAAGAUACCGGUCUGCGACAUCUGUCAAUCAAUCAGGUCGCAAAAGACCGGGAUUGCUUCGAGAGCUAUGAUGAGGAGUUAGAAACUUGGAUUGUGGAUGAGGAUAAGCUGCUGGACGCUGUUGAAGACGAAAUGCUCCAAGGGGGACUCUUGAUUGACUGGCAUGCAUGUGACCUAUUCCCAAAGUCUUGGAUUGACCUAGUUGUGGUUUUGCGAUGCCCGUCUACUUCCCUUCUAUAUGACCGUCUUUCAUCAAGGGGAUAUAAGCAAGCGAAGCUACAAGAAAAUUUAGACGCAGAGAUUUUUGGUGUCCUAUUCGAAGAAGCCCGUGAAGCUUUCGAUGAAGAAGUCGUGGUCGAGCUCACCAGUGAAAAGGACGACGAUGUAGAGGAAAACUGCAGAAGAAUUUCAUCUUGGGUAUCCUCUUGGAUCGACCAAAACCUCAAUACGAACUGA